CGUACUUGCAUGUAAUGCUAAUGACUAAUUAAGUAACUAGCUAAUUAACUUCUCUCGUACCCCACCCAUUCCAGGAGCAGGGAGGAGUGGCAGCGCCACGGGACAAGAUCCAGGCCUUAAGGGAUCAGGUAGAUGAAGUCAGAGACAAGAUGAAGGAGAAUAUGGAACAAGUCAUUGAACGUGGGGAGAAGGGGCUCGACCUGCUCGCCAAGGCAGAGGAAAUGGAAAAAGGGGCUCAGCACUUAACGCAAACGACUCGGAAAGUGGCUCGCACCUACUGGUGGAAGAACGUCAAGAUGAUCGUGGUCGUCGUGGUGAUCGUCCUCAUCAUCGUGCUCAUCAUCAUCCUGCUGGCCACCGGAGUCAUCCCUGUCAGUUCCUCUACGCCUCCUGUAGUUCUUCCCACCAACAAGCCAUAAGAGAUGCACACACACACACACACACACACACACACAAUGUACAUACAGUCAUAAACAAACCCAUUCUUAUUGCACAUUAUACAAAGUAAUAUAUAGACUAAAGUCAACAACUGCUGUCUGGUGAAACCUUUAUUACUUCUAAGUUAGUUUCCACUGGUUAAGGUCUUGCUUUCAUUAGAAUUCAACAACUUCCUGCUUUUGGUUUAAGGAACUUGAUUUGCACAUGUGCCUUUUGAGACCCUUAAACACAAUUUAAGCGUAGCUUUUUUUUUAAAUGUUGUGAGAAAUUAAAAAAAAGUGUCUGGAAGGUCCUAGGACUGUCCCUGUUCUCAUAGGAUGCGUCAUAUCACCACGUUUAGUCACUCCUAUCAUCAAGCCAUUAGACACACACACACUCUCUAUACAUACGUAAUAAUUCCUAUACAAACAAAUUCCUGUUACAAAGUUUACAAAGUACUACUCAUUUUGCAUACUAAUCCAAAGUAAAUCAGGCAAUCUAGAAAAAAUUCAUCAGUGGCAAUCUAUUAAAAUGAUCAGUUGGUCACAAUGCAGUCUGCACGGAAGGCUCUGGUGUAUAGAAAGUGUGUCCCUCUGGUGGUCUCCAGCUUGGGGAUCCAAGUGUACAAGGGUUCACAGACACUGGUAAGUGGCCCUUCAGUAGGCCUAAGUAGUUUUGGGGUUUUUAAUGAAUUCUACAUGCAGCAAUACCACUGGCCAAGCAGUCGGCCCGUUCCAAACAGGAACAUUUUCAACGGGCGCUGUACUAGUU